UCCAGCGUGGGACGCAGUGGGCGGACGGCCCAGAGAUGGUGACGCAGUGCCCCAUCCGCCCCAGCAGCCGUUACACCUACCGCUACAACGCCACGGGGCAGGAGGGCACGCUGUGGUGGCACGCGCACAGCUCCAUGCUCCGUGCCACCGUCCAUGGCGCCAUUGUCAUCAAGCCCAGGAACGGCGCCCUGGGGUACCCUUUCCCCAAACCCGACCAGGAGCGGAUCGUUAUGCUUGGCGAGUGGUGGAACGGCAACGUGUUCGACCUGGAGCGCAACGCCUUCCUCACGGGCAACCUGGUGCCUCAGGCCGACGCCUACACCAUCAACGGCAAGCCGGGGGACUUGCACAGGUGUUCGGGCGGCAGCAACCGCAGGCCCAGAACCUUCAAGCUCAAGGUGCGGAGCGGCUCGACGUACCUGCUCCGGAUCAUCAACGCGGCGGUGAACACGCCCAUGUUCUUCAAGGUCGCCGGCCACAGCUUCACGGUCGUGGGAGCCGACGCGGGCUACACGGCGCCGUACGAGACCGACGUCGUGGUGGUGGCGCCGGGGCAGACCGUGGACGCGCUCAUGGCCACGGCCGCCGCGCCGCCGUCGCGGCGCCGCUACUACAUGAUGGCCUCCCCCUACAACAGCGCGCGCCCGAGCCUCCCGUUCAGGAACAGCACCGCCACAGCCGUCGUGGAGUACGUCGACGUCGGCCACCAGCAGAACAAGCAGGGACCGCGGCGGCGGCGGCCGGUGCUCGCGCCCAUCAUGCCGCCGCCCAACGACACGGCGACGGCGCACCGCUUCUUCACGAGCCUGGCCGCGCUCGUCCGCCCGGGCGCCCGUGCCCCCGCCGUGCCGCUCGCCGUCGACACGCGCAUGCUCGUCACCAUCGGGCUGGGGCUCGCGGCGUGCAGGCCGGAGCAGACGCGGUGCAGCGGCGGCAGCCGGCAGCAGGUGUUCGCCGGCAGCAUGAACAACGCCUCCUUCGUGCUCCCCGCCGCCAUGUCCCUCCUGGAGGCGCACUUCAGGAACGCCACGGCGGGCGUCUACACGCGGGACUUCCCCGACGCGCCGCCCCUGGAGUUCGACUACACCAGGCCGCCGCGCGGCAUGAGCCUCGCGACGGCCAAGUCGACCAGGGUCAGGACGCUGCCGUACAACGCCACGGUGGAGGUGGUGCUGCAGGACACGGCGCUGGUGGCGCGGGAGAGCCACCCCAUGCACCUCCACGGCCACAACUUCUUCGUGCUGGCGCAGGGGUUCGGCAACUUCCGACGGGAAACCGCCGAGAAGCAGUACAACCUCGUCAACCCGCUCCAGAGGAACACCCUUGCCGUGCCGACGGGUGGAUGGGCUGUCAUUCGCUUCGUUGCCAACAACCCAGGAAUGUGGAUCAUGCAUUGCCACUUCGAUGCUCAUCUGCCGAUAGGGUUGGCAAUGGCGUUCGAGGUGCAGGACGGGCCAACUCCAGAGACGGCACUUCCUCCACCGCCGCCUGACUUCCCUCAGUGCUGAGUGCUCACUAAUGGGGUCAGUUGGAACUUGGAAGAAUAUGGAAAGUCAAUUGAUUCCAUAACGUUCUGCCUCUCUAGCUAGCUAGAUGUCAAGGUUGUUUGAUGACUUGUUCAUCGUGCAUGCAUGGAUAUUUAUGCUUCAACCUCAUUUGUAUUUACGCGUUGUUUAGGACUAUGUGCUCUUAGCUUGCAAUUCAAUUAAUUAAUCCUGCUCGCUGUAAGUCUAUACUGGGAAUGCAAUUCGGAUUUUGUACUA